AGUAGACUCGACGGCGCGUGCUCAGAGCAGAACCUUUCUCUCGUUCGUGCAGACAAAUUUAGCAACGAGAGAAGCUAAAUUCUCUCUGUGUGUAUGUGUUUCUGUAUACAUUCGCUUUACGAAACGAGAGUGACGAUGGAGUGGCCAAAGGACAUGCUGGAGGAGGUAGAAGACUUUCGCUUGGAGAGGUCGAUAAGAAGUCUCAAGACCAGUGAAGAAGUUGAGUGUCGACGAGAAAUUGAGUUCUUUGGAUCGAGCUCUGUAUUUGCUCAAAAACGGUCAAGACGUGCAGAAAUUGAGUGUUGUUUCGAAUCUGACGUCACUGCUGAGGCAGAGUCCGAGUGAGACUCAGAGAAAAGUGCUGCCAAAGGAACUUGUUCCCUCGUCUCAUGUGGACAUUCAAGUUGGUGCAGCGGAUGCUUUCUCGCUAUUGCUCGAGAACAAGCAGCCGACAGUGCACACAUUCCAUUCGAUGAUUGAUCCUACCUACUGUGUUGAAUGGAUUGGAGAGCAGAGACAGAGAGAGUCGUCUCGUCAGCGUGGGUCAAGACUCUGUUGGUUGUUGUGAGCAGCUACAGUCCUGAUGUGAUCAGGAGAGAGAUAUUGGCGAUUGCCUUGGCGAAAGGGCAGUUGUCUCAGACUGUGUUGUCACGUCUAGCCAGCUGUGAAAUACUGGCACACAUCACAACUAAUUUUGAGGCUGUGAGGGUGUGUCGCGAACUGCUCAGUCUUGUGACAUCACUAUGUCAAGAUGUUGACUAUGAAAUCCGAACUGACGGCAAUCUCAUCCUACCCGAGUUGAUCGAACUCGCCAAAGGUGAAGAAUGCACAUCUCGACCAACUGGACAAAGGUUUGAACCCACAGACAGCUGGAAUGUUAACAACUUGAUGCGUGUUUGCGUUGUAGAGUUGAGAGUUUCGUCUGUCAUUCCUCUCAUGUGAGAGUGAUUUGAGAGUGCGUUUGCAUGGAAGGAUGCGUCGCUGCAAGUCGUGUGUCAGUUGUAUGGCAGGUUUUGCCACGUGUUGAAGGCGUUCUUUAACUGUGGAGCUGUGAAUCUGUGUAUCUUGUUGAGCUAGAGUCAGCAAGAAUUCGUCUAGCCUAUCCAACCCUUCAUGGAAGGCAACAGAGUUAUAGUCUUGGCUGCUGGUUCAAUCCAACUCCACACUGUAUCAAGCACAUUUCUCGACACAAAACAUGUAAAACUUGAUUUUAUCAUUUGGCAGUGUGUUGAAUGAGAAUGCCUUCCAUGCAACUCGGACUUUGCAUAUGCAAGUCUUGCUCUAGAAAUCUAAUUUUGUUUUGAAGUUCCACUAUUUCAUUUGCUUGCUGUUCAAUUAUCUGACGUAAAGCAUCAGCUUCAGUCUCGGUGACAUUUUCUACAAUCAAUUUUAGCAUCUUCACGUUUGAGAUCACUACUAUACACACGUCUUGAUCAACUGCGGAUGAGGUAGAACAGCCUCUGCUUUCUGAUUUAGACACUACAGCUAUGGAAUAGUGCGUAUGUGUUGUGUUACUUUAGACAUAACUGUUGCUGGGACUGCAGGGCUAAUUGUAAACAGACUGUAGCUAUAGAGUACGUGUACUGUACCCAUCGAGUGCAAGUUAUCACAGUAAGAACUUUGA